AUGGAUGUGUGUGCCUGUACUUACUGUAACUUCUCCUUUAAGACUAAAGGAAAUCUGACAAAACACAUGAAGUCCAAGGCGCAUAGCAAGAAAUGUGUGGAUUUAGGCGUCUCAGUAGGUUUAAUAGAUGAACAGGAUACAGAAGAAUCAGAUGAAAAACAGAGAUUCAGUUAUGAGCGGUCUGGAUAUGAUCUUGAAGAAUCUGAUGGCCCAGAUGAGGACGAUAAUGAAAACGAAGAUGAUGACGAGGACAGCCAGGCUGAAUCAGUUCUGUUGGCUGCACCCUCGGUCACAGCCAGCCUGCAGCACCUCCCAUCUAGAAGUAGCCUUCAGGACUCUGUGAGUGCUGAUGAGGACAGCAGAAUCACCGAUGGCUUUUCUGGGGUACAGACGGACCCAAUGGACAUUCUGCCCAGGGCGUUGCUCACCAAAAUGACCGUUCUGAGCACAGCACAGUCUGACUACAGUAGAAAGACUCCGGGGAAGGCCAGGCAGCGCACUGCAAGAGAUGAAAAUGACACAAUUCCGUCUGUAGACGCUUCCAGGUCCCCUGAGGCUGCACCCAGGUCCCCGUGUCAUCAGAUGUCUGUGGACUACCCUGAAUCUGAAGAAAUUCUGAAAAGUUCUGUAGCAGGAAAAGCUAUUGCUGUAACACAGAGCCCGUCAUCUGUAAGACUUCCUCCUGCUGCCACCGAGCACAGCACCCAGACAGCAGCGGGGAUGCCUUCUGUGGCCUCGCCACAUCCGGACCCUCAAGAACAGAAGCAGCAAAUAACCCUACAGCCAACUCCAGUCGCACUGCCUCCCACCCUGUGUCUGCUUCCCAAUAAAAGAAGAAAGCAUUAA